AUUGUGAGAAGAGAGCACAAUUUGCCGGGCAUUUGAUCCGCUUCAGCACUUCGUCGUUGUGUAACAUGCUCGUAUACUGUCCGUAAUUUUGGCGGAUAUUUCCUGAAAAUCAUUGUUCAUAUUGUUCGAGGUUCAUAUUGAAGUGAAAUAUGCCAAAAGUGAACACGAUACUUAAUUAUUUCUCGUCGCCGAAAGCUAUCAAAAAACCGGAGCCGAAAAAAGAAGAAAGAGGAAAGUCGCAGACUCCCAAGAGAGAACAAAAGAACAAAGAACGUAUCAAGAAUGGUAGAGGAAAGGAAAAUCAGGAUCACGAUGAUAGGAAAAGAUCGCUUAAAGAAGAUCAAGACGAUGAAGAGGAUAUAUCCAUAAAACCUAAAAAGAGGCGUCUUAUUAUUCCUGAUGUUGAUUCUGAUGGUGAUUCUGAAGAUGAUUUUAAGCCAGGUUCUGAAUCUGAUGAGUCUGAAUCAGUUUCUGAAGGAGAUACAGAGCAUGAACCUGAAACAGAAACAGAGCAGGAGACUCCAGAGAAAAGGGAGAAAAUAUCUAGUGCCAAAUCCAAACCGGGCCGACCUAGAGGUUCAAAAUAUAGUACAAAAACAAGCAAGAAAGAACCUAAACAGGCUAUACAAACCCAGAGUCAAGCUGUCAGCAAUGGAUCUACUGCUACCCCAACUUGGCCACAUUUGAAAUUAGAUUUUCUACAGCCAGAGAAAAUAAAAGAUAUAAAAAGGAGAACACCCAUAGAUUGCGAUUACGAUUCUAAAACUGUCUAUGUGCCCCAUGACUUUCUACUUAAUCAAACUCCUGCAAUGAGACAAUGGUGGGAAUUGAAAAGCAAACAUUUUGACUGUGUGCUCUUCUUCAAAGUUGGCAAAUUUUAUGAGCUCUAUCACAUGGAUGCAGUUAUUGGUGUUAAUGAACUGAGUCUAACAUACAUGCGAGGUGAAUUCGCGCACUCCGGAUUCCCCGAGAUCGGAUAUGGUCGUUAUUCGGCAAGUCUUAUAGAGAGAGGAUAUAAAGUCGCUCGAGUCGAGCAAACGGAGAACCCGGAGAUGAUGACAGCCCGUUGCAACAAAAUGAGUGGCAAGCCGACCAAGUUCGACAAGGUUGUGAAGCGAGAGAUUUGCCAGGUUAGCACUAGAGGCACCAGAGUGUACACUCCGUUGGAUGUGGAAGCGUCCACACCGAAUUCCAACUAUCUAUUGGCUUUGGUUGAGAAAUGUAAUUUCGAUUCGACGAGCUCCUUCGGUGUGUGCUUCAUCGACACUACAAUAGGCGAGUUCCACCUCGGCCAGUUCGACGACGACCGUUGCAAUUCCAGACUGUUGACUAUGCUGGCUCACCAUCCGCCGGUUCAUAUAAUACACGAACGUGGCAAUCUAUCUCCCAAAACCCUGCAGAUCAUAAAUAGUACCUUACCAGCAGCAUUGAAAGAGCCAUUGCAGCGUGAAGCACAAUUUUGGUCUGCCACAACCGCGUUGAAAAAACUUCACGAGGAGGACUAUUUUAAGAAGGAGAAUGACUCCAGUUUUGCAUGGCCCGAAGGCUUAAAGCCGUAUCUUAACGAAGGAGACAGUUUGGGUCUGACACCAGCCGACAACAAGGAAUUGGCGGUACAUGCGUUGGGAGGGUGCGUGUACUUGCUGAAGGAAUAUCUGCUGGAACAGCGAUUGUUGGCGCAAGGUUGCUUCAAUACUUACUGCCCGCCGGACUUCUCAGCCGCGAGCAACCGCGUCGGCCUCAACUACGCGAACACCAUGGUGAUCGAUGCCGUUACGAUCAAGAAUUUAAGGAUCUUCGGGGAAGGUUCACUCAAUAGCGUGUUGGACCGUUGCUGCACCGCGUUCGGCAAGAGAUUGCUGCGCGAAUGGAUCUGCAGACCAUCUUGCCGUAAAGCCAUCAUUUUGGAACGCCAACAAGCCGUUGAAGAAUUGGUGGAUCGAAUAGAUGUGACGCAAUCGGCACGCGCUAUCUUGGCGACUUUGCCGGACCUUGAGAGAUUAUUGAGCAAAAUACACGCCCAGGGCAAUCCCAGAAUGAAGAAUCAUCCCGAUGGCAGAGCUAUCAUGUUUGAGGGCUCGACGUACUCGAAGAGAGUAAUUAUAGAUUUUACUACGACCCUCGCCAAGUUCGAAGACGUUUUGAAAUUCAUCGAACUGUUCGAUGACUUCAAGAGUAAUUUGAUUACUCGCUGCACUCAAUACGAGCCGGACGGUGAAUUUCCACGUCUGAGGGAGACCUUGGAUUACUUCAAGACGGCGUUUGAUCACGAGGAGGCCAAGAAGCAAGGUUGUAUCGUUCCCAAGAAAGGAGUAGACGCCGAGUAUGACUCGGUAUUAACUGAGCUCGCGCAAAACCGGGCGGAUCUGGAUCAGUAUCUGCAGAAACAGAAGCAACAUUUCGGUGUGAAGGUGACGUUCCACGGGACGGACCGGAAACGCUAUCAGAUCGAGGUGCCCGAGACACAAGUGAAAAAGGUCGGACCCGGUUAUGAGCUGCAGUCGCAACGAAAAGGCUUCAAACGCUACUACACUGCCGAAGCGAGGGAGCUCUUGGCACGGCAAAUGAACGCGGAAGAGCAUCGGGAUAAAGUGCUGAAGGAUCUCAACAGGAGGAUAUUCGCGCAGUUCAGCGAGAACUACGACACGUGGCAUAUGGCCGUGUACAAAUUGGCCACCAUGGACGUGCUCAUCUCGCUCGCGGAUUACGCUCGAAACGGCGAUAUGUGCGUGCCAGAGAUACACGACGGAUCGGACGGCGAGAUCUUCGUCGAGAUCAGAGACGGAAAGCAUCCCUGCAUCACCUCCGACAAUUUCAUACCAAACGAUACCUUAUUGGCGACCGACGAUGCUGCCUCUUUCAUGAUCCUCACUGGACCGAACAUGGGGGGCAAGUCGACUCUUAUGCGUCAAGUGGGUCUCAUCACGAUCAUGGCACAGCUGGGCAGCUACGUUCCGGCCAGCUUGUGCCGCGUGACGCUGGUGGAUCGUAUCUUUACGAGGCUGGGCGCGAAUGACGACAUCCUGGCCGGUCAAAGCACGUUCUUGGUGGAACUGAGCGAAACCGCCACAAUACUGCAGCACGUCACGCCGUAUUCACUGGUUCUUUUGGAUGAGUUAGGACGCGGCACAUCGACCUAUGACGGUACUGCGAUCGCGGCCUCGGUGGUGGACGCGUUGACCAAGCUGAAAUGUCGCACGCUAUUCUCGACGCAUUAUCAUUCCUUGGUCGAGGAUUACAAGACUAACAAGGAGGUCACGUUAGCCCAUAUGGCAUGCAUGGUGGAAACCGAGGAGGAAGAGGAAGUGUCGCAGGAAACCGUGACGUUCUUGUACAAGCUCAGCGAAGGCGCCUGCCCGAAGUCGUACGGAUUCAAUGCCGCUCGAUUGGCAGGCGUGCCGUCUGUAAUUACAAAGAGAGCGCACGAAAUAGCUAGCAGGAUGGAGCAGGAAACUAAUCAGAAGCACAUCUUCAGCGCUCUCUGUAGAGCCAAUGCCGCCGCCGAGAUGAGAGAUCUCCUCAUAAUGUUGAAUAAAUUCUCGUGCACUCGCGUUUGAGACGGAACUAUCAGUUGCAAGAUGAUCGCUCCAUCGCUGAAUCUAUAAGCCACGUACGAAGUAUUAUCAGGAGAUAAGUUAUUUAUUUGCAAACAUAAAAUACAGAAACGAACAUUUCUCGCAUAUACGCGACACAUAAAUACAUGCUUACACGUAUUUGAAUUUCUGUUUCGCGAGAUACGAGUUCUCCUCAUGAAUUUCUGCGUUUGCUCGCCGCAAACGAGCAAUUGUAUCGUUAAUAUUCAUUCGAUAAGCAUUUGUUUUGGAAAUUUUGUACGCUAUAGGAGUCCAUUUUUUGUCUCUCUCUAUAAAAUCGAUUGAUUUUCUUGUACGUUUUAUUGUGCACUAUAUGUUGGUAUUUAUUCAUUCGCUGUAUACAAUCAAAUGUGUAAAUUCCAAUCUGUAAUUGUGUGCGUUUAGAAUUUCUCGAAUAUUUAAGAAACAUGUCUUGUUCUAUUUAUUUAACAGUCCGGCGUUCAGUCGUUUCAUUUCGUAAAAGAGCAGAAAUAAGGUCGCGUGUUCUAAAGUUUCUGUAAACUUAUCGACUGUGUAUGUCCUUAUUUUACCGUCAACAAAUUGCAUUGAUAUGUUAACUAUUUUCAUAAUAAAACAUCAAUGUGCGACAAGAA